AUGUCCGAACCCAACAAAGGCCGCAUAGCCAUCAAGUUUGGCGCACCUGCAUUAGCGACCAAGCCGAACGGCAGCCGCAAACUGCCAGCGCCAGCACCGUCCUCAAGUCUAGGCAAGCGACCACGAGCAGCAUGGGACGACGACGGAUCCGAGUCGGACGGUGAAGGGCGCGGGCGUCACGAGGUCAUCACAGGAUUUGGCGCAGACGGCGCCGAGACGGGGUCUGCCAGCCGCAAGGAGGAGAAGAAGGAAUACAUCAUCGCUCGGCAGCCCAACCGCGACUGGCGGGGCGAGAUGAGAGCCCAGCGACGCGGCAAGAACCUGCUCCCCGAGGAGGCGCGGCAGGCCUUGAACGGCCAGGCGCAGACCGUCGAGACGGAACCGGCCGGCAAGGACGCCGGUAUACAAUGGGGACUCACAGUCAAGCCCAAGAGAGAAGAGCAGGACGACGACGGUAACACGUUAAGGGGGGAGGAAGGAGAAGGAGGGGAUGUCAAGUUGGAAUCUAAAGAAGAAGAAGAAGAAGACGAGAAGAAACCGAGGACAGCCGACGAGGAGGCCAUGGACGCGCUGCUCGGCCGCAAACCAUCCGACUCGAAACCGACAGUCACCAUCCGCCCGUCCGAGACGGACGCCUACCAGCGCGACGUCCAGGCCGCCGGCGAGGCCUCGACGCUGGAGGACUACGAGGCCAUGCCGGUCGAGGAGUUCGGCGCCGCCCUCCUGCGCGGCAUGGGCUGGGACGGCAAGGAGAAGGGCACCAUGCGCCACACGCAGGUCAAGCGACGCCCUAACCGCAUGGGCCUCGGCGCCAAGGAGCUCAAGGGUGACGAGGACCUGGGCGGGUGGAAUCAGUCCGGCGCCGGCGCCGGCAAGAAACGCUCCAGGCCCCGCUUGGACGAGUACCGUCGCGAGGAGACCAGGAAGAGGGACGGCAGGGCCCACGAGGACAGCUACAAGCGGGAGCGCGAGAGGGAGAGGGACGGUCAUCGUCACCGCCCCCGCGAUAGUGACAGGGACAGGGGUAGGAACUACAGAGAGGAUGACGGAAAGCGUCGUGGUGAUGGUCAUCGUCAAAGAGGCCAUGACCGGAACAGGCCGAACUAA